GCCCAGGGUAGAGCAAAGAGCAAGUCAUAACUCAGCAACUCUUCUAAGCAACUCAGCUCUCAACCCAACUCCUGACACCAUGGCCUGCUGCACCACUAGCUUCUGUGGAUUCCCCAGCUGUUCUACUGGUGGAACCUGUGGCUCCAGCUGCUGCCAGCCCAGCUGCUGCCAGUCCAGCUGCUGCCAGUCCAGCUGCUGCCAACCCAGCUUCUGCCAGCCUACCUGCUGCCCAACCAGCUGCUGUGGGUCCAGCUAUGGCAUUGGUGGUGGCCAGGAAGGUGGCUCUGGAGCUGUGACCUGCCGAGUCAGGUGGUGCCGCCCUGACUGCCGCGUGGAGGACACCUGCCUGCCCCCUUGCUGUGUGGUGAGCUGCACCCCCCCAACCUGCUGCCAGCUGCACCAUGCCCAGGCUUCCUGCUGCCGCCCAUCCUACUGUGGACAGUCUUGCUGUCGCCCAGCCUGCUGUUGCCACUGUUGCCCUCCCACCUGCUGUGAGCCCACUUGCUGAAAUCCUUCUGAAGUGAACCCUGUGAAAAUGGUACUUCAAAUCUAGCCAGUGUAGAGUCUAAUAAACUGGGCUACAGGAUCACAACCCAUUCACAAGUGCUUGUUACAUGGCUAUGUAUUUUCCUUAGAAUGUAAAAUCAAUCUCUACUAGAAUGUCAUGCAUAGUUCAUUGAUCUGAGUAUCAGCUGAAAGUCAACGAUUUGUAAAACAGUAGUGUCUAGUGCUUUAAAUACCAUCUGUAAUGUUUCAAUUGUUUGCUAGGCUUGGGAUUUAAUUAAAAAAUUAUUAUUCAAUGAUAAA